AUGACCACCGAAGUUUACCUGUCACCGGCGCUCGCCAAAGAGCUUUCCCCCACUACUGCGGAUAGAGACGCCAUGGCACAAUUUCAGAGUGCACUCGAUGCUUGCGUUCACGGCUGGCAUCGCGGCAAUGAAGUAAUUUUACUUCAAAGCGAUAUCCAGGAGCUUUUUGGCGAUAUGCUCAUGCAGUAUUUCGAACGCAGUCUGAUCCAACAGGUGGGACAGCCUGUUUCCUUCACCUUCUCGAAUGACAGAAACGGUUGCCAGACGCUCGUCCAGAUGCCGAAUAACCAUCACGUCCAAUCCCACUCCCAGAUGCUUCCCACCAGCGCAUAUACCUGCACGCAAACAUCCCAACAGCCAGCCAUCCAAAUCAACAACGUAUCCGCUGGCGUGAGGAAGGCACCUCGCCCAAUGAAUUGCUGGAUCAUCUUUCGAGAUGCUAUGCACAAGCAGCUGAAAACAGAGAGCCCACACCUUACUGUACAGCAAAUCUCCACUCGAUGCUCGCAAAUGUGGCAUGACCUUUCUCCUGCAGAGAAGAAGCCUUGGCAAGCAGCAGCUAAGUCAGCGAAGGCAGAACAUCUGCGCGCACAUCCAGACUACAAGUACUGCCCUCGCAAGCCUGGCGAGAAAAAAAAGCGACGGUCUCGUAAGGGAAAGCAAGUCCCCACUUUUGCUGCAGAUCCCGCCCUUUUCAAGUUCUCGCUGGUUCCGGAAUCGACAGUAUAUACACACAACAACCUCGAGCCUCUCAGCCUCGCAGAAGCAUUGCCUCCAGUUGGCGAACUGCAUGUCGAUUUUGGCGCCGCCUUCGCUGCUGAUGUGGCGCAGAUGAUUGAACCAACAACACUGCUAGGAAUGGAUAUGGACAAUCUGGUUCCGGCUGAUUAUCUCCAUGAUGCGGAAAGUCUUCGUCACGAUCGGCUCGAAGCCGAGUUUGGGCUCAAUCUCGAAGGCACCAUGCCAUUCGAACUGUUUGGCGAAGAGGCUUUCGCUUUCCGCGCCGGCGCAGAUGGCAAUGCGACUCUUCCAUCGAUCUACUCUGAUCUAUAUUGA